UCAUUUAGCUUUUUUAGCUUAGAAAACUAUAUAACAGAUACAGUAGUCAGAUUCAUUUGCAAUUAUAGGGUAUCAUUGCCAUGGGUGUAUCAGAGACGUAGAUCCUCUACAAAUCUUCAAGAAAACAAGGUACAGGUACUAGUGAUUGGUUCUGAUAGGGUUGGAAAAUCUACGAUGAUUGAUCUAUUUACACAAAACAAACUUGUCAUAGAAGAUGAAGCAGAUGGAAAAAGAGAAUCGCCAGUAGAAAUUAUCGUAGAGCUAAUGGAAGUCAAUGCAACAACAGCGGCAGCAAUCAGAAAGUUUGCUAUACAAACUGCACAUGCCUUCGUGCUUGUGUACUCAUUAGACAACCAAGAAUCUUUACGCUACGUAAGAAAAGUUAGAGAUGAAAUAGAUCAAAUCAAGGGCAAAGGGAUGCCAAUUAUUGUCGUUGGAAACAAAGCUGACGCUUGUAAACGAAAAUUUGACAUUCCUUUCAAACAGAAAGAUGAAUUCAGCAAGGAUGGCGUCUCACACAUAAAAGUGUCUUUUAAAAACAAACUUCACACAAAUGAUAUUUACAAGAUACUUUUUCAACAUGAAACACUUCAGAAAUUUACAAAUAUUGUGUCCAAAAUAAACAGAAGCCAGAUAUUUUCUGAUUUACGAAAGCUUUCGUUGAAGGCAGAUGCGUUAGAAGAGUCUGUUUCAAGGUGUUUUGCUGGCAGUGUAUCAAAAUGUAACAUUAAAGAAAACAUUGAAUCUCCUUUUAUUUUAAGAAAAUUAAAAUCUUUUUUUACAGGAAGCAAAUAAGUAAUGGGUGCUUAAUGUAAUGUAAAUUUGUUCUUAGCAGCAAACGCCCUGGCUGAGUAAUUGUCUAAUUACUUUAAUUGUCGUCGCUUAUCGUUAAGUUAGCCAUCUCGCAACACUAUAAGUGGUUGGUUGUUUCAUCCAUGCUUUUUGCUGGUGCUCAAGUAACAGGCAUGACAAAUGUAAUUCCUCCUUCUUUGCCAGUUUUAAUGUGAUUUCAAUUUUGGACGCAAUUUUAUUCGCCAGUCUGUAUUUGUUGAAAAAUGUUUGAUUUGAUCAAUGAGUUAUGCUUAUAAAAACGAAUCUAAUGUUGUUAUGCAUUUUAUAAGCAUUAUAUGAUAAAUUUGUGUACUUUUGUGCUUUCAAACAUUUUCUUUUAUUAAGUGUUGUUUUGCUGGGUUCUUUAUUGUCAUGCAUUCACCAUAUUCGUUAUCAAAAUAUUCAAACAAUAUAAAAUUAUUUUUCGUCUAGCUUAUCUUGUCUUAAUCAAUCCAUGUUUAAUAGCCAACUAACAAAACAGUCCGUCUUUUCUUCCGAGAAACUGUAUGUGCGGUUUAAGUACCAUAUCACAUCAUAGCAACCUGAAAAUAAAUUCAUUUCGUAACAAGGUUACAAUACCUUUGUAAUCCCUCUAUGAAUUAGCUAGAAAUUACCCGACGCUGCCCGUCGUGUACCA